AUGGCUUGGGGUCGAUGGAUCAGUAGCACCGCAGCCCAAAUCUUUCUGACCCUCGGCAUCUUUCUUCUAGCAACAUUUCUCCUCGGCUUCAUCGCCGAUCCCAUCAUCAACCUCUACCUUGAUCCGGUUGGUACCGUGGUCCCGUUAGGAGAUAGUUCGUCCAGCUACGAACACCUAGUCCGCGAUGAGGAUGAGCCCGAUGGAUGGGCUUAUCAUUUCGUCAAGGGUUUCGCAUCUUUGGGUAUCCUUGGAUUUGUCAAGUAUAUCUUUGUCAGCCCAGUCAGGAUCUUCCGCGUAGGUGGCGGAAGCUGGGGUGGGUCGGCACGGGGCAAUACUGGUCGCGACAGACUGGCAAACAUCAGCUGGAUGGUCGUCCUGAUCGGUAUUGCCACCGUCAUCUACGGCGUAUGGAAGGCAGUUCGUGCGUGGGCGCGUAGGACGCUAGAAAAAGCUGGUGAGCGUGUCAUGGACGUACCUAGCGAUGACGAGGAUGAAGAUGAUACCUCUGACCCAUCUACCACCGGUCGAAGCGAUGACGGCGGCCAAUCGUCCACCUAA